GUUGCAAAGACUAUGUCGGCAUUCUUGAAAGGGGCGGCAAUGUUUUACAGUGACAAAUGUGGUGCAUCAUCCAGCAAAACACUUUGCUCUGACUAUGUCAGCAAUCCAAAGCAAUUGUUCAAUGUGAUGAGGGUUGUCAAAAUGAACAUUUAUGGAACUGGGGAUAUUUUGAUUUUUGAUGAAAAAGGAGACGGUUUAAUGGGCUAUAAAAUCUACAACAUUCAAGCAGGACAAACUGAUAGAACGCAAAGAGUUUACACUGAAGUUGGAAGUUACAGCCCUAGCACUGGUCUUCGAAUCACUUUAGAGGACAUAGAAUUCCCCAGAGAUGAAUCCAUCAGAUCCUCAUGUCCGAGUGAAGGUGCAUGCCUCUCAUGUUUAGGCAAAGACCCUCCUGUCCUGUCCACAUCAACUGAAGAAGGUAGCACUGAUACAGUAUCUAUGUUGGGAGCCUUUGUUGGAAUUCUCAUCUGGGUGAUAAUUAUUCUUGUUUUUGUUAUCAUUCUAAACUGGAGGAAACAACGCAAGACACCAAAUGACGUAUACAUUACCCCCACGGAAUGCCUGAGCGAGAGACCCUCUGUAGAAGGUAGACAUUCUGAUACAGAUAGUAGAAAUGGAAGUGGUAACAAUAAUUAUAUAACCGUAAAUCAUGUUGAUCCACCACCAGGGUGUCCAAAUGAAGAGUUCGUUAGUAAAUAAAAACAGACGACAUCUUAUUUCUUGCUGCUUUGUUGAGCUUUGCAAUUAUAACUGUUAUAUGUUUUAAAUGUAUGCAUUUUAGACUUCUUUAGCAAUGAUUUACAUAUAAAAUGUAACCAAUGACAUUCCAGCAUUUGCACCACGUGAUGUGCCAAUAUAAUUCAUUAUUGGAUCCAAGCUUAUCAAUUUUGCCUCGUUUUAAUUUCUCGAGUCCAAAAUUCCAUAUGAAAUGCAUAUUGCACUCCAUCUAGCUCCGUUUUCAUUUUCCGAAUCCAAAACAGUCAUAUCAAAUCCAUAUUGUACUUUAUCUUACCUCGAGUUCAAAAAGGUCGAUUUAAAAUCUAUAUUGUCCUUGAAGUAACUGUAUCUUUAAUAUUGUACAAAACACAAUUGACUUUAAUCUAUUAAGUUUUCUCUUAAGAAAUGGUCAUGUCAAAUAUGGUGAAUUAUACAUUUGAAGAACUAUACCGAUUUUGUUUGACUCGUAGCGUCUCGUCCAAUAUAGGUUUAACUUUAACAGCUGUAUACUCAACAAUGUACAUGUAUAAGAAUCUCAUUAUAUAAAAAAGUGCCUUAUAGGAGAAUUCCACUCAUUUAAAUAAUAUAAACAAAAGAUCAUAUCCCAUUUAUUAUUUAUUCUACAAAAAUUAUUUAGAUAUCUGAAACAAAUCUAGGUAAGUUGAAGUAAAAUGUAGUAUUCCCCACUGUUUAUCAUCCUUUUAACUAUUCAAAGAGCAAUAAGCAAGUUUCCAUAGCUGUUGUAUAUAUACCAUUCAACCCCCUCAAUCCUUAUAAAACACGUGUGGUCCUUUACUCACUGUUUAUCUCCCUUUAAACUUUUCGAAUAAUAAUUAUUGACAAAUUUCCUUUACUUUUGUACAUGUAUAUAUACUAAUUGUCUCCCCUCAUCUUUAUAAAACACCUGUAGUCCUUGAAGGAUAACUCACCGUUUAUCUCCCUUUAGUUCCCAUGACCGUUGUAUAUAUACUGAUUGUCUCCCUUCAUCUUUAUAAAACACGUGUAGUAUUUUAAGGAUUACUCACUGUUUAUCUCCCUUUAGUUUCAAUGACCGUUGUUUACAUACUGAUUGUCUCCCUUCAUCUUUAUAAAACACGUGCAGUUUUUAAAGAUAACUCAGUUUAUCUCCCUUUAGUUUCCAUGACCGUUAUGUAUACAUACUGAUUGUCUCCCUUCAUCUUUAUAAAACACGUGCAGUUCUUUAAGGAUUACUCACUGUUUAUCUCCCUUUAGUUUCCAUGACCGUUGUAUAUAUACUGAUUGUCUCCCUUCAUCUUUAUAAAACACGUGUAGUAUUUUAAGGAUUACUCACUGUUUAUCUCCCUUUAGUUUCCAUGACCGUUGUAUAUACUGAUUGUCUCCCUUCAUCUUUAUAAAACACGUGUAGUCCUUUAAGGAUUACUCACUGUUUAUCUCCCUUUAGUUUCCAUGACUGUUGUAUACAUACUGAUUGUCUCCCUUCUUCUUUAUAAAACACGUGUGGUCCUUUACUCACUGUUUAUCUCCCUUUAAACUUUUCGAAUAAUAAUUAUUGACAAAUUUCCUUUACUUUUGUACAUGUAUAUAUACUGAUUGUCUCCCUUCAUCUUUAUAAAACACAUGUAGUCCUUGAAGGAUAACUCACCGUUUAUCUCCCAUUAGUUCCCAUGACCGUUGUAUAUAUACUGGUUGUCUCCCUUCAUCUUUAUAAAACACAUGUAGUAUCUUUAAGGAUUACUCACUGUUUAUCUCCCUUUAGUUUCAAUGACCGUUGUUUACAUACUGAUUGUCUCCCUUCAUCUUUAUAAAACACGUGCAGUUCUUUAAAGAUAACUCAGUUUAUCUCCCUUUAGUUUCCAUGACCGUUAUACAUACAUGCUGAUUGUCUCCCUUCAUCUUUAUAAAACACGUGCAGUUCUUUAAGGAUUACUCACUGUUUAUCUCCCUUUAGUUUCCAUGACCGUUGUUUACAUACUGAUUGUCUCCCUUCAUCUUUAUAAAACACGUGUAGUUCUUUAAGGAUUACUCACUGUUUAUCUCCCUUUAGUUUCCAUGACCGUUGUUUACAUACUGAUUGUCUCCCUUCAUCUUUAUAAAACACGUGUAGUAUCUUUAAGGAUUACUCACUGUUUAUCUCCCUUUAGUUUCCAUGACUGUUGUAUACAUACUGAUUGUCUCCCUUCUUCUUUAUAAAACACGUGCAGUUCUUUAAAGAUAACUCAGUUUAUCUCCCUUAGUUUCCAUGACCGUUAUUACAUACAUACUGAUUGUCUCCCUUCAUCUUUAUAAAACACGUGUAGUUCUUUACGGAUUACUCAUUGUUUAUCUCCCUUUAGUUUCCAUGACCGUUGUUUGCAUACUGAUUGUCUCCCUUCAUCUUUAUAAAACACGUGUAGUAUCUUUAAGGAUUACUCACUGUUUAUCUCCCUUUAGUUUCCAUGACUGUUGUAUACAUACUGAUUGUCUCCCUUCAUCUUUAUAAAACACGUGCAGUUCUUUAAAGAUAACUCAGUUUAUCUCCCUUUAGUUUCCAUGACCGUUAUACAUACAUUCUGAUUGUCUCCCUUCAUCUUUAUAAAACACGUGUAGUCCUUUAAAGAUUACUCACUGUUUAUCUCCCUUUAGUUUCCAUGACCGUUGUAAAUAUACUGAUUGUCUCCCUUCAUCUUUAUAAAACACGUGUAGUCCUUUAAGGAUUACUCACUGUUUAUCUCCCUUUAGUUUCCAUGACCGUUGUAUAUAUACUGAUUGUCUCCCUUCAUCUUUAUAAAACACGUGUAGUUCUUUAAGGAUUACUCAUUGUUUAUCUUACUUAUUGGAAGCCUUUAGUUCAGGAGUAGGUAACCUGAUCGCUUAUGAAUUGAGAGGUCCGGGGUUUGAAUCUCGAUCCAGGCAAUACUGAAUGUCUUUAGUGAUGUAAAUAUCUUUUUCCCAAAGAAUUAAGCAAAAUAUGAAAAGAAAAAAGUAUAAUUGUAUUUAGAAAUAAAAAAGAAUGUACAUAAAUGAUAUUUAAAUGCAGGUUUGAAACUCUGCCAAGCAAAACUCUAUAUGUGACAACUCAUUUAAUCUAGAUGGUUAAAGUAUCAUAUAUCUUUACAGCUUGUUUAAUAUGUAUAACUGAAGAUGAUUUUGGUAUGUUUUAUUAACUGUCGUACAUAGUUGCUGAUGCGUCAUUCUUGAGUCCAUGUGAAAAGCGGAGUCUUUCUAUUUUACGUGUAUGAAUUUAUUUCAGAUGGAAGAAAUGUUAAAAGCAAUGAUCACUUGUUACUAAAAGUCACUUUGUUAAUUGUAAAGAUGUAUAGAUAAAAAAUAAUACUAAUAAUAAAAUAAUAAUAAUAGAAUAUAAUAAUAAUAAUAAUAAUAAUAAUAAUAAUAAUAAUAAUAAUAAUAAUGAUGAUGAUGAUGAUGAUGAUGGUGAUUACGACGACGAUGAUGAUGAUGAACUGACUGGUGAAAUUUUCUAAUAUUUUGAAAAAUAAAUAUCUUAUAAUUUUUUUAAAAAGAAUUAAAGUAACGAAAAGCUGAUACCAAGACUGGUUAUAAUAUUUGAAAAAGAAUAAAAGUAACGAAACGCUAAUUCCAAGACUGGUGCCGAUUAGGUUUUGUAAUCCUUAAAUUUACUAUGAAUAAGGUGAAAGUGUAUCUUAUUUUAUUUCUUAUAUUGCUCAUCUUUUUCUUAUUGUUUUUAUAUAUAUUUACAUGUUUUGUAUUGUAUAAAAUUUUAUCAAUAAAAUAUUCUAAAGUUA